AUGUUCUUCAUUCUCCACUUUAGUGACGGUGAGUCCGAUCCUCUUUCGAGUUUCGGACUUCCAAUCCUCCGGGCUCCGGACUCCGAUCCUCUUUCGGUCUUCCUUCGUUUUGAUUUUGUAAGUGGGGUUAUAAUGAGGGUUAGUGUUGAUUUUGCACAAACGCAGGGUCCCCUAAACUUCGCUGUUGAAGAUAAUGUCUAUCGAGCAAUUCGUGGGGAACCUGGUGGCAUCAAAUAUAUUACUAACUAUUCAUCGGGGCAAGCAAAGGCCAAAGGAUUCAUCGAUGUGCUAUUCCUUGAUGCGACAGAAUUGGCAAAAGUAUAG